AUGGCGGUCGUCGAUAGAGCUUCAAGUAAUGCUCGUCCGAUAAGCAGCAGCAAUGCAACACCAAAAGUGGGCGAGCCACUGCAUGUCGACAGAGAUCUCAAAGACACUGUUUGCGACGCAGCCUCCACAAUCGACGACCGCACGACGAUUGUGUCCUCUAUAAAGCAUUAUAAAUAUGAGAAUGGCCGGCGGUAUCAUUCCUUUCGAGACGGCGAAUACUUGCUUCCCAACGACGAGCGGGAGCAGGAACGCUUAGAGCUGCUAAACCACAUAUUUAGGAUGCUGUUAAGUGGCGAAUUAUGCCGGGCUCCGAUCGAUAAUCCUACCAGAGUCCUGGAUUUUGGCACAGGUACAGGUGUAUGGGCCAUUGACUUUGCAGAGGUAUUUCCCCAGGCCGAAGUACUAGGGACGGAUUUGAGUCCGAUCCAGCCAUCGUGGUUCCCGUCCAAUUGUCGAUUUGAGGUGGAUGAUGCAGAAAGCGAAUGGCUGUACGGCAAUAAACCUUUUGAUUACAUUCACGGACGGGGCAUGACGGGCGGAAUCGGCGACUGGCGGAAACUAAUUCGCCAGGCCUAUGACAAUCUACGGCCUGGUGGGUGGUUGGAGUUGCAAGAAUACGAAACAGAGAUUAUGUCAGACGAUGGCACUCAUCUACAGGCACAGAGCUUUAUGCUAUGGCAAACCCAAUUGAAUGAGGCCAGUCGGCUCUUUGGCAAGGCUUUCACGGACUACCAUUAUCAUAAGCAGCGGAUGGAAGAGGCGGGCUUUGUUGAUGUCGUUGACGAUGCGUUCAAGGUCCCCAUAGGCACAUGGCCCAGAGACAGGCGCAUGAAAGAAAUUGGCAAAUUCCAGCUCUACCAGAUGCUUGAGGCAGUCGAACCGUUCACGCUGGCGGUUUUCACUCGCGUGCUGAAAUGGAGACCUGAGGAAACGCGAGAUUUGAUCGAUAAAGUCAAGGCCGAAGUGUGCAAUCCGCAAUUCCAUAUUUACUCCCUGUUUCGGUUUGUAUAUGGACGCAAGCCUGAGCGCUAG